AUGAAUGUCCGCAGCCGGAGUCCCUCGCGGCUGGCGUGGUCGUGCGUGCUGCUGUGGGCGUGCGUGAGCUCGUUCGCGGCCGCGGCGCAGACGUACUGCUCGUCGGAGAACACAGCGUCCACGGCGGCCAAGUGGUGGCAGUACCAGAGCAACGGGUGGUGCUCUGACGAGUGUGCCGGGUACUCGUACGCGGUGUUGCAGGGCCACAACUGCUGGUGCUCGAACACGGAGCCGCAGUCGACGACGUCGGUGAGCGACUGCAGCGACACCUGUCCCGGGUACCACGAGCAGUGCGGCAACGUGGACGAGGGGCUGUUCGGGUACAUAUACCUGGGCGAGGCGAGCAGUACGAGUAGUGCGAGUAGCACUGUGAGCAGCACCGCGAGCAGUGUGAGUAGCACCGCGAGCAGUGUGAGUAGCACCGCGAGCAGCACCGCGAGCAGUGUGAGUAGCGCCGCGAGCAGCACCGCGAGCAGUGUGAGUAGCGCCGCGAGCAGCACCGCGAGCAGUGUGAGUAGCGCCGCGAGCAGCACGAGCAGCUCAAUAAUCACAUCCAGUUCGACGAGCAGUUCGACGAGCAGUUCGACGAGCUCAACCAGCACGAGCAGCAGCACGAGCAGCGAAGCGACAUCGAGCGCAACGUCGCCCGCCUCGUCCGCUUCCUCCAGCUCUUCCAGCUCCUCGCCCCCAACCUCGUCUGAGCCUUCGUCGACCUCGUCAACCACACCUACAGCCUCGUCCGCGGCAGCAUCUGCUUCAGCCUCGACAAGCGCUUCGUCGUCUGCUACGCCGAGCACUUCGUCGUCUGUCACUUCUACUCCUCUGACCACCUCGUCUUCGUCUACUUCCCAAACCUCCUCGUCUUCGUCUACCCUCCAGACUACCUCGUCCUCGUCUACUCCUCAGGCUUCCUCCUCCGCGGCUUUGUCCUCGACUUCUCCGCCCUCCAGCAGCCUCAAGCCCACAAGCUCGUCCCGCUCCUCCCCGAGAUCGUCCUCGACCUCCUUCUCCCAGAAUAUGGUCACCUCCAUACUCUACUCGGUCCAGACCGUGACGGCUUCUCCCGCCGCCGGCGGCACCUCCGACGACCGCGUGUUCACCACUCAGAUAAUGACCACCGUAUACGCGACGCCCUCCGGCCAACUGCCGUCGCUGUCGAGCUCGAGUUCAAAUGCAAACGCCAACUCGAGAAACUCUGGCGGAUCGGGCUUCUGGGGGUCCCCGGGCAAGGUUGCCGGCACCUUCGUCGCCGUCGGCGUCGUGGUCUUCUGCUUGGCCCUUCUCGGGUUCAUCUUGUGGUACCGCCGGCGCCGUCGGAACGAGGAGGACUUCGAAAAACGCUACAACGACGUCACAGCCCCCGCUGGCAGCAACACCAGUAUCGACCCUGCUUCGGCAGGGUCCCACGCCGCGUUUGUCUACGCGGACGAGAAGGGCAUAGAGGUUCCGCCUACGCCGGUGGAGAAGAAGGAGACUUUUACCAGACUAUCGCAGCCCGCCAGCUUCACAGACAACGAGAGUGGCAUUCCUCAGGACGAAGGGCCCGUGGUCGUCGACCAGCGUCUGGACCCGCGCCAGGUGUUCAUGCACUGGGAAAACGAGGGAAGCAAGACGUCGCUGGCUGACGAUGUGGACUACUCAAGGAGGGUCCUUCGGGUAAUUAACGAGUAA